ACAUAUUUUAGCUGUGAUAGAGAUCACAGGUUACAAAAAUCAAUAAAAACACGUAACCAGGAGGAAGAAAAUGUUCCACCGAAGCAAUCAGGUGACUCAGGUAACCCAGAACAAACCAGCACUUUCUAAAAAGAGAUGAUGUCACCUGCAGCCAAUCUGGGGAAACUUUCAUGAUCGACCUGAGGACUGUUGGGCUAAUCCUAGCUGAUGAGUCUGUAACAAGAGUAUUAAAGAGCGUAAGGUUGGUUUGGUUCAUGGUGUGUGUGUGUGUGUGCGUGCGUGCGUGCGUGUAGUGUCAAAGGUACCAUGAACCUAGACAGAGUGGGUAAAGAAAAGACCAGAUGAAGAGGAGUGGCCUCCUAAUCCAGAACAAUCCCAUGAGUCAGCCUGAGUCCUGGUGACUACCAGAUUAAGAGCCUCGCAGAGGUAGAGGGAAUAUAAAUUGACCCAGAUGAAGCGUUCUGAAUCAGAUUCAGCAUCAAACUGUCUCAUGAAAAGAAAGUUGUCUUCCCUGUUGGAUGUGCUGGAUUUAAAACAGAGAGUGGAUCAGAAAAAUGGCGCUCCUGAAGUCAGGCUGGUUGUGGAGACAAACUGCCGUCCUGAAGCGCUGGAAGCUGAACUGGUGUGACCUCUGGAUAGAUGGGAGCCUUUGCUUUUAUAAGAGUGACAACAGGCGGGAUUUGGAGCAGAGAGUCAGCCUGAAGAUGGCGUGCAUCGACGUGCGGACCGGCCUGGAAUGUGGAGGUGUGACUCCACCUGAGAGCAAUCCCAGGGAGAAUCUGAUCGUGGUCCAUCUCAGAGACGGUUCCACGCUCAACCUGUGUGCAAACAGUGAAGACGAGUCUCUAGCGUGGAAACUUACUCUGCUUGAAACCAGAAGAAACCCGGUGUUCACAUACGACCCGUACGACGACUCCUACCAGGCGAUCCCGCUGAACAGCCAUCACACAGUCUACAUCACACCUGGAGCAGGACCAGGAACCCACCAGGUGGUUGUUCAAAGGGAUCCCUUUGAUGGAGUUGCUGAGAGCGUUGCACUGGGAUUACUGGCAGGUGUGGCAGCGGGAGCAGCCAUGCGCUCCUUCCUCUGGAUGCCCUUCUUCUUUUGCUGACACCCCGCCGCCGUACAGUUACACCCGAGUGCUGCUGCUGCAGAACGGAAUCAGGACAUCUGAGAACAUAGAAACGCUUCGCUAUCACUUUUGAUCGUUUCUGUGUAUUUCAGAGACAAAUAAGCUGCUUUUCCUCAUCUAUAAUAAUAAUAAUAAUAAUAAUAAUAAUAAUGCAUUGAACUUAUAUAGCGCUUUUCUAGACACCCAAAGACACUUUCAUACACUCUCACAUUCAUACACUGCUAGUGAUGGUAGGCUACUUGUAGCCACAGCCGCCCUGGGGAGGUCUGACAGAGGCGAGGCUGCCAUUUGGUGCCGUCGGCCCCUCUGACCACCGCUAACACAGGCAAGUUGGGUGAAGUGUCUUGCCCAAGGACACAACAGCAGGAUACCCCUGACGGGAGCUGGAAUCAAACCCAUGACCCUCCGAUCAUGAGGCAACCCGCUCUACCACCUGAGCUACUGCUGCCCCAUCUUGAUAUGAUGGACGUUUCUAUAAAAACAAAGUCAUUUUAGUGAUUAUUGUUGAGUUUUGCACUUGGCUAGCAUUAGAAAAGCACAAUUCAUGACCUGCUUUAGUCUGUAUUAAAACUUAAAGGUGAAUGAAGUAAGAAUGAGAUCUUGAGGUCAGAUUUGGGUACUGCAUUUUGUGUAUCAAAACAAACCGGUCCACUGUGAGCAACGGUUGCCUGUUACAACUCUGCACCAGAAGGUUCUAGAUGAUAAGCUAAGAUGAGUCGUACACAUUGAGUUGGUAGAGAGCAAGUCACCCCCUACCAGAUUCUUACUCCACUCCCACUUCCUGUUUGAAAAAUGCAACAAAUGCUGUUGCCUAGCAGACCGAGAGGGCGGAGCCGCUAACAAAUACACACACACAGGCUCACAACGACAUUGUGACAUCAUAUGGUACCAGCUAACGUUCUAGGGUACCUCUUAGCCAAAUUCAAAUGCAGUGCAGAGUUUUUACCUGACAACGGCACAACACUGACAGUUUUAGGCAGAAAAUUAAAAUUUUAACUAAAAUGCUCUAAAGUGCAAAACUAUUGACUACACGUGUCUGCAGCACGAUUAGACACGCAUUUACAUAGUUUAUCAGAAGAAAAUGUUGAUUUGGGGGUGACUUGCUCUUUAAGUAUAAAUUAAUUUUGCCGUAAAAUCGAGUUGCUUCAAAUUUUUGAAAAUAGUUCAAAAAGUAACUCGAGAUAUUUUUAGAGCGGACAUUUUUUUCCACUUCACCAUUAUCAUUGCUAGCUCAACGUUAGCCUUUAGCCUUCUUUUCCCUGACAUUAGAGUAAAACAUAAAGAUGGAUGAGCUCACGCAUGACUGGCUCUGGAACCAGGAAGAACGGAGGCAAAACAGAUUGUAAAUGGCUGUUUCUAAGUUCCAAAGUAUGCUAGUACAUUCUUGUGUACUUGACAAGUACGUUCUUCGCAAGUACAGUAGAAAGUAUAUUCUAACAAGUACGGAGGAUGGUAUUUGGAACUGAACCUUACUACAUCACAUCACAGCUACAAGCUUUACGCUACAGUUAAAAAAAAUGACCUGACAUUUUUAAAAAGGUCUAUUUUGUACCUUAAAAUACAAAAUAAUUAAUUUUGUAUAAUAUUUGCUACACUUUGAUGAAAUUAAAAAAAUGCCAGGAUUUCCUGCUGUUAAAAGAAGAAUAAAAAGUUCAUUUUUCCUCCAGGCAGUUAUUUGUGACAACGCAGGUUUUAUUUUGAUAUUAGCUAAUUAGCAUUCUAAAGUAUCGUGAAACGCGCACAGCCCAAGUUCCCAGAAGGAUGCGCUGAUGUGUCCUUGAUACAACUGGCCGAGCAAGAACACUUUGGAGAACCCAGAGCGUACUUGCCAUGAUAUGUACUUAGGGUCUGAAGAGUACUUGGGCCGACGUUGAUGAGGUUUCACAAGUACACGAGCACACAUGUUCUGGCAAAUAUGUUUAUUAAAAAAUGGCCAAAGACCGUCAGUCUUCAUUCUUUUUUAAAAAACAAAAACCAACGUCUCCCAGCCGGCUGAGACAGAACUCCGUUCCAUCAUGAUUCAGAUAUUUUAGACUGUUGACUUCCAACUCACUGGACCUUUAAGCUGCGGGAUCAAAACAUGACUUCCUUUUUUAUGCAAACACCAGAAAAUGCCACCAAAUUGUCCUCGGUGGGCGUAACAAACCCAACGUUUAUUCCAGAGCUCCCAAAAGUAGAACAUGGUCUCCAGCAGCAGCAGUGUGUGUGUGUGUGU